AAUUCAAAUUUCACUAGCUAUCAUAUGUUCUAGAAUGAUUUAUGUCCAAUUACUCUGAAGUUUCUAAUAUAUAUUCUUAAUCAAUUGCCAACUAUAAUAAACCGGGGGCGCAUACUUCUCUAGUUACUAGUUUGUAAGUUAUUUAUGUUUAGUGGUAAAUCAGUUAACAAUAUAAAUUACAAGUGAUUAAUUUGGAAAUUAAAAACGUUCAACAAGUAACCAUGCAUGCCAACUACUAUAUAACUUCGCUUCAAUCUUUACUUCUAAUCCACAAAACUUAAUUACUCAUCCAAUCUAAUCGUCAAAAAAAAAACAAGAUGAAAAUCUUUAACCCAUCUCAAAACCUAAUCCUAGCCACAACCAUUUUCCUUGUUUUCAUUGUUCCCCUAAGAGCUCAAGACAGCCCACAAGACUUUUUGGACGCUCACAACCAAGCACGAGCAGCGGUUGGGGUGGAUCCUUUAGCAUGGGACGAGACAGUGGCUGCAUAUGCUCAGGACUACGCAAACCAGCGUAGAGGUGACUGCGCCUUGGAACACUCGAGUGGGCCCUAUGGAGAGAACAUCGCCUGGAGCAGUGGUGACAUGUCAGGUGUUGAAGCAGUUAACAUGUGGGUGAACGAGCAGGCUGACUACGAUUAUGGUUCCAACACAUGUGCCUCAGGAAAACAGUGCGGCCACUAUACUCAGAUUGUGUGGAAAAACUCGGUGAGCUUGGGAUGUGCAAAAGUGAGUUGCGACAAUGGUCAAACCUUCAUCACUUGCAACUAUGAUCCUCAAGGUAAUAUUGUGGGCGAGUGGCCUUACUGAAAAGAGUACCCACAUGUGAAUGUUUCAAAAAAUAUAUGUUAUGCAUGCAUGAAUUUAUGUUUCUAUAUAUAUUGUUCAGUUAUACCAAUCUUCAUCAUCAGCUAAUAAUGAUUGGUUUGUCCGGUUCAGGCCUCUUUUGUACCAUAUAUAUGUGUGGAUUUUUAUAAUGGAAUAAUAAAAAUGCAAUGCUACGGCUUGCACUUGCUUUGUGUGAUA